UGGCUCCUCUCAAAUCGCUUUGUUCUGAACGAAUGUUUGAAUGGCAGGGCAAAUUAGAAUCGAAGGGGCUUUUAUGUCUUGAACUCACCUCUGAUUCCCCCUUUUACGAAAUUAAAGAUCUGUCAAGACAUACUAUUCUAAUUGCUACUCCAGAGAAAAUUGAUAGUUUACAGCGGUCACUUGAAUCGAUGCGAGAGUUCGUUUCCCGCAUUAGUCUUCUAAUGGUGGAUGAGAUUCAUACGGUUUCGGAACAACCGAGAGGAGCUUGCUUGGAGGCGGUUCUAACACGAUUGAUAGUAUAUAGUCCCCGAGUCAUUGCUGUGUCGGCUACUUUUGGAUCCCAAUUCCGCCCAGUUCCUAUCAAGAAAAUCAUACUGGGCUACAAAAAAUCUCCACAAAGUUCACUAUUUCAAUUUGAUCAAUUCCUUACAAAGAAAAUUUUGCCAGUAAUUUCUACCCAUUCCCUGGGUCGACCUACGCUAAUAUUUAGCAUAACUAGAAAAACAACCGAAAAUACUGCAGAAUUUUUAGCAAGAGGAAACCUUAGUUCAAAUAGUGUUCCUCAGGAAUUAAUUGAACGAAUAUCCAAUGAUUUGUUAAGAGAUUGCUUGAGCAGAGGGGUUGGUUUCCACCAUGCAGGAGUGGAUCCAGUCGACCGCCGAUUAAUUGAGGAAUCAUUUAUCGAAGGUCAUAUUCCUGUAUUAGUGUCAACAAGCACACUUUCUAUGGGGAUAAAUCUUCCCGCUCAUUUGGUUAUCAUUAAAAAUACUUCGCUUUAUGUGGAAGGAACUACACAAGAAUAUACCAGUAGACAGAUUAUUCAAAUGAUUGGACGUGCUGGUCGACCUCAGUUCGACACUUCUGCCACGGCCGUCAUAAUGACAACAGCUGACAAGCAGGAGCGUUAUGAACACUGGCUAGAGGACUCUGAGAAUGUGGAAAGCAGUCUUCAUGUUUGUUUGACAGACCUUCUCAACGUAGAGAUUGCCUUGAAUCGGAUUCGUUCUUUUGAUGAAAUGUUACAGUGGAUAUCACGCUCUUAUUUAUCCAUUCGUCUGCCAAAAAAUCCAACUUUUUAUGGGUUUCAAAGACUUAGAACUGGGUCAGAGUCAGAAGGUUGGUCUUUCUUGAAUGUCGUAACUAAUUUUUGGAAAGAUCUUUGCAGAGAUGCAUUGAACAAAUUGAUAUCUGUUGGAGCUGUGACAAUAUCUGAUAUUGAUCGAUCUAUAGAAUCUACUAUAAUUGGACAAAUAAUGUGUGAACAUUUUCUUUCGGCUGUUACUGUGGAGUCAUUUCUCAGGCUAACUGGCUCUGAAGUUCUUGAGGAUUUAAUAUAUUUUAUCGCUGGUAGCGUCGAAAUGAAUGAGUUUUCAAUUCGGAAUCAAGAGAAAAGUGCUUUAAAUAGUAUCAAUAAAUCCACUGGUGUAAAAAAAUUAAGGUUGGUGAAAUAA